CCCGCCCCCCCGCCAGGAGCCUCCCCCCCCGCUCUCCCCAGGCUGUGCCCCCUCCGCUGCCAGCUUGCGCCUCGCCCCCCUCAGGCAGUGCCCUGCCCCCCCCAUAUCAGUGUGUCCGCACGUCUCUUCCUUUUGCCCCUGCCCCGAGUCCGCAUUCUGCUGCGUGCGCUCCCUGCCCGCUCCUGUGCCCCGGCCCCACUGUCUCUGCCUGGGCGCCCUUCCCAAGCGCCCCCAGUCGCCGGGCCCCGAGCACCAGGAAGCCGCAAGACCCUUCCCUGGAGGGUGUUCGUGGCCAGAGGAACAGGCUCAGCUUGGUUCUGCUCAGCUCAGUGGAAAACCGGGACGCUGGGGCCAGGGCUGGUGAAAUGACUUCUGGGCUCAGAGCUGCGAGUUUCCCCACGUGGAAACGGCACAUUGCAGAGGAGCUGAGGCGACGGGACCGGCUGCAGAGACAAGCCUUUGAAGAAAUCAUCCUCCAGUAUAACAAGCUACUAGAGAAGACUGAUCUCCAUGCUGUGCUGGCCGACAAGAUAAACGCAGAAAAGUAUGAUUUGCAAAGCAGACAUGAGAUCAGUCCAGGACAUGAUGGCACUAGGAAUGAAGCUCAAUUGCAAGAAAUGGCCCAGAUGAGAAUUAAACAUCAAGAGGAGCUGACAGAGCUGCAUAAGAAGCGUGGUGAGUUGGCGCAGUCAGUGAUUGAUUUGAAUAAUCAAAUGCAGCAGAAAGACAAGGAGAUGCAGAUGAAUGAAGCCAAGAUUGCAGAAUACUUGCAGAAGAUCUCUGAGCUGGAAACAGAGUGCCAGGAACUGCGCAGCAAGCUGCAAGAACUUGAGCGAGCCAAUCAGACUCUGAAGGAUGAGUAUGAUGCCCUCCAGAUCACCUUCACUGCUCUAGAAGAGAAACUGAGGAAAACUACUGAAGAUAACCAAGAGCUGGUCUCACGUUGGAUGGCAGAGAAGGCUCAGGAAGCCAAUCGGCUCAAUGCAGAGAAUGAGAAGGACUCAAGGAGGCGACAAGCCAAGCUGCAGAAAGAGCUAGCAGAAGCUGCUAAGGAACCGCUGCCUGUUGAACAGAGGAGGCAUGUUCCCAUACUUUCCAGGGAUGAUGAUAUUGAAGUGCUUGCAGAUGAAACUUCUGACCCUGCUGAAGAGACUUCUCCUGUGCGAGCAAUCAGCCGGACAUCCAGUAAGCGACUGUCCCAGCCAGCUGGAGGUCUUCUGGACUCUAUCACUAAUAUCUUUGGGAGGCGCUCUCUGUCCUCAUUUCCUGCUCCCCAGGAUAAUAUGGAUGCACAGCCAGGUUCCAGUAAAGAAGUGAGAGUUCCCAAUACUGCAGUGUACGUCUUUGACGCACAUGAUGGCGAGGUAAAUGCAGUUCAGUUCAGUCCUGGUUCUCGGUUACUAGCAACAGGAGGCAUGGAUCGGAGAGUUAAACUCUGGGAAGUCUUUGGAGAUAGGUGCGAACUGAAAGGUUCACUGUCUGGCAGUAAUGCGGGGAUUACAAGUAUCGAGUUUGACAGUUCUGGCUCUUAUCUCUUAGCAGCUUCAAAUGACUUUGCUAGCAGAAUCUGGACUGUAGAUGACUCUCGGUUACGGCACACACUCACAGGCCACAGUGGGAAGGUUCUGUCAGCCAAGUUCUUGUUGGAUAAUGCACGCAUUGUGUCAGGGAGUCACGACCGGACCCUCAAGCUUUGGGACCUGCGCAGCAAAGUUUGUAUAAAAACAGUAUUUGCAGGAUCAAGCUGCAACGAUAUCGUGUGCACAGAGCAGUGUGUGAUGAGUGGGCAUUUUGAUAAGAAGAUUCGCUUCUGGGAUAUCAGGACGGAGAGCAUUGUGCAGGAACUGGAACUGUUUGGGAGGAUCACAGCUUUAGACCUGAACCCAGAGAGAACAGAGCUCUUGACCUGUUCUCGAGAUGAUCUGCUGAAGAUAAUUGAUUUACGAGUCAAUACUGUCAAACAGACUUUCAGUGCCCAGGGAUUCAAAUGUGGAUCUGACUGGACCAGAGUCGUCUUCAGCCCUGAUGGUAAUUAUGUGGCAGCUGGUUCAGCUGAUGGGGCCCUGUACAUCUGGAAUGUGCUCACUGGGAAAGUGGAGAGAACUCUUGCAAAGCAUCACAGCUCCCCUAUCAAUGCAGUGACAUGGUCUCCAGCCGGUGCCCAUGUGGUCAGUGUGGACAAAGGAAACAAGGCUGUGCUGUGGUCUGAAUUUUGAUUGGAAGGAGAGAAGACAGUUUGAAAUGUCUCACUUGAAGGGUGCUGGUCCACGGCUAGACAGAAUGGAGGUCCAAGCCUAGAUCCAUCCUUCAUACACUGGGCGUCAUCCAAUGGGCUUCACUUCUCACAGGAGAGCUCUAAUGGGGCAAUCAAGGAUGGAGGAGCCAGAAGCAGAGCCCUUUACUGCCUCUAAGUAUUCUGCUGGCACUCAGACUCAGCAAGGGUCAGCUGAUUUGGAUGGUGAAUGCUACUAGACAUGCCUUGACAUGCCGUUAUCUAUGCACAGGAUGGAGCCGAAGGUACUAGCCAGAUUCCCUCACCGGACAGCGGUGCCAAAUAUCCUAUUAUGCGAAUGUAUGUGUAGCACUUCUGACUUGGGAGUGUUGGGAAAAGUUUACCAUGUAUUCUGACCUAAUGCAUGUCCUGUCUCCCGUGUUCUGUUCCCGUGGAGUAGCUUAAACAUGGGGUUGAGGGCAUCCUGAAACAUGGAUAGGGUGGUCCUGGUCAGUCUGUAAAGUGAUGGAACAGCUGUAAACUAAUUUAAAUGUUUCUGUUGCUCUGGCAAUUCUGCCCCCUGUGGUGUUGGCUGAGUUUGGGGCUUCUCCCAUUCUGACGUAGUCUGCCUGUCAGUUUGUAAUCUGAGAACUCCCUGCGUUACCUUGAACUGUAUUUCAGGGAACUAUCCUUUCUUUAGGGUUGAUGCAUCUUCGUAAAAGUUCCCUCCAAUAGUUCCUAGAGCGGAAGUACCAAAAAAUGGAGAAAAGAGGCUCUUCAUUCAAACCAAUAUAUUCCUAGUUUCUGGGGGGGAGGAGAAGAGGUGUGACAUCUGCUUUGGGCAUGGUGAUGCUGCCAUCAUGAGGAACGUGUGCAUACCAAGAUUUCCAGUAUCAGAAAAUAAACAUAUAGUCUCUUCUGCUGCCCAUCCGGCCUUCUCUACUGGAGGCUGUUGGAGCACAGGGAACAAUGGGAUUGAAUCCUGAAUGUAAUGCUCUGAUGUUGGCAAUGCCAGGCCACGUCCCCCUUUCUGAGCACAUGUGCAAUAUUCUCCUUUGUGCUUGAGCCCUUCUGUGGCCUCGCAUAGGAUUUACACCCUGUAUCCUCAGGCUUUCAAAUACAUGUGGGGGUUGGAGGAGAAUUAACUGUGAUGUUUUGUAACUUUUAUCCAGCCAAACUUUUCCACAUCAGAUGGGCCUUGAGACAAGCCACCAGCGUUCCGCCGCCUUUUUAUUUGCACUUUAUUUUGCUUCCUUCCUGAGCUUGUUUUCCAAGGAAGUGUUUUGACGGGUUAGGAAAGAGGGUGGUUUCUAGGACAGAGGUCUCUAACUCAGCCUUUCAUUCAGACAACUGCUGCAGAGGGGAGUUGAGUAUACAGGGCAAAUCUUUUAUUUAUUCAGCUGCCCACCAGAACUUGAUUGUAAAUAAACCUGUGUUCUGCUUUUAAAA